GCCCGCCAUCGGAGAGGGAGCUGAACUACUGGGAACAGCAGAAGCAGCAGAAGAAGCAGCAGCAGUAGAAAAGCCGCAGCUCGGCUGCCACCUCUGCUGCUACAGCUGUCGCCUCCACCUCUGGCGCCUCCUCAUCCUCACCCCUGAAGAUGCAUGGAAUAUUUGUUCAAUGUGAGGAUGAGGAAGAAGUCAUCAUACCCGACAGCAGCCCUCUCCCGCAAGCUACGCCAGCUACUUGGGCACCACACCGAGCGGCCCUCACAUCGGUACCCGCCGCCAAGCAGCCGGUGAAGCGGAGGCUGGUCUUUGAUGACGAGCCCGCCGUCCUCACUCAAUCAAAGAAACGUGCGGCGCAAGAGCACGACAGCUCCAUAACGCCUCUUUUGCGGGAGGAGGAGGAGGAGGAGGACGAGUUGGACGUGGAGACGGAGGACUUCCUCACCAUUAUAAAUCGUCAUACUGAGAAACCAUGGACGCCUCUCCGGCAGUUGGUGGAGGACACGGCGUACCCCAUCGUGGGGGUACGGGAGAUUACAAACCAACAUGGUCGCCGCAUUGUCUUAAAAGUCCAUUUAACAUCUGAACGGCUGACGGACAUAUACAUGCUGGAGAGGUAUACCCACAGUUUAACGUCCAAAGACAUUGAAAGUUUCAAAAGAAAUUGUAAAUCACUAUGUCUGUUUGCGAAGCAUGUUAAUGCUUUUUUGACAGACAUAAAAAUUGUUAAGUGUCGAAUUAGCAAAUUUGGCAUUUAACAAUAUUUAUGUCGGUGAGCAUUAACAUGUUUUGCAUGUUAAUAUGUAUAAAUUUGUUAUGUAUAAAUUAGUAGUGCUCACAAUAAAUAGUUUGUUAUUCUAUAAAAAUUUUUCUCAAUUCUCACCUAUCAGUUCGCUAGUACGUGUAGACAAGUGCA